AUGGGCUAUGACAAUGCUCAUCUGAAUGCCAACAACAGCAAUAACAACAAUCUUAAUUACGCCCCCUCGACAGCCUCGGGUUACGGGGCUCCUCCUCUUGGACAGCAAUACCAGGCUGGAGGGUUGACCUAUCAACAGACCAUCCACAACCCGCCCCCCAAACCAUAUGCGUCUGGGCAGAGUCCUAUCCCGAAUGCUGCCACGCCAAGCCAGCCUCGCGCUGAGCAGCCAAAGCCUGAGGGCGACUAUCCUGUUGUCAUGGCAAUUGAUUUCGGAACAACGUACUCUGGAGUGGCCUAUGCCCUCAAGGCCGACGGAGAAGUACACGACAUCACGAAAUGGCCUCGACAUCUGGCGCAGUACCCAAAGACACCGACCCUGAGCUUGUACAAAAAGGAUUCACAAAAGAUUCUGGAUUGGGGUCACGCCGCUCGCCUGGCGAUGCUGAAGCCUUCGGCCAAGGACUUUGUCCUCCUCCGCAAAUUCAAGCUCCAGCUCGACGAGUCCCUGCAGAAUGCCCCGCUCGAGAAUGGGAUCUCUGCACUCGAGGCUGUGACGCACUACCUCAAAAAGCUUCAUGGCCAUGUCAUGUCCGAGUUGAUGAGGGGCUUCAUCAAGAAUUAUGAACCGACCCAGUUCCAGUACUGUCUGACGGUGCCCGCCAUGUGGUCCGACGCGGCCAAGAACACGAUGCGACGGGCGGCCAUUGGUGCGGGAUUGAUCCAGGAGGGUGACCCACCAAACCGACUGAUCCUGAUCUCGGAGCCCGAGGCUGCGGCGAUGUACUGUGAGAGGAUGGUGGAACGCUUCUCGUUGAAGCAUGGGGAUCGGUUCAUGAUCUGCGAUGCUGGUGGUGGAACGGUUGAUCUGAUUGUGUUUGAGGUGAGCGAGCCGCCAGGUCAGGCUCGUCAUCUGAAGGAGGUUACGCGUGGGCAUGGUGCAUCCUGUGGAUCUGUGUUCUUGGAUGCCAACAUGGAGAAGUUGCUGGAUCGAAAGUUCAGGAGGUACCGCAAGGGUAUCAAGGCGUGCGGAUGGGCGUCGCUCAUGGAUACGUUCGUCGAUAUGGUCAAGCCGAUGUUCAACGGACAGGAGGAUGUGUUGAUGCAGAUCCCGCAGGCCACCGGUCUCGAGGACUUGAAUGACCCAGAUAUUGGGUUGGAAGACGGUGUGCUAUGUGUGCCUGUGGAGGAGAUGAAGUCUGAGGUUUUUGAGCCGGUUAUUUCGGAUGUGCUGGAUCUGAUCCAGAAACAGCUGCACCAGAGUCAGGUAUGCAAUGCGAUCUUCAUGGUUGGAGGAUUCGGAUCUUCGCGGUAUCUGGAGGAGCGUGUGCGGCAGGAGUUCUCGCAUCUGGUCGGGCUGAUUGCGGUGCCUCAGCGUCCAGAGUUGGCAGUGGUCCGAGGAGCGGUGUAUGCGGGCUUGAACACGAAGACGAUCAACAUGCGUGUGGCCCGUCGCUGGUAUGGUGUGGAUGCGAACAUGCCGUUCGAGGAAGGUGUUGAUCCGGAAUCAAAGAAGAUUAUCUCGCAUGAUGGACAUGUGCGCUGCAAGGAGCGGUUCUCUGUUUAUGUGCGUCCAGGACAACAGAUCGGUGUGGACGAAUGUGUGUCGAAGGAGUACGUGACCUGGUCGUAUCCCAAGGGUCUGGAUUCGCCCCUGUACGUGUGCAACUCACCCAAUCAGCCCAAGUAUAUCACGGACCCGGGAGUGCAGAAGAUUGCAGACUUUCAUAUUCCGAUGCCGGAGAUCCCAGGCGCGCAGCCCCGUACGCGUGUCGUCUUUAGGCUGAACAUGUAUUUCGGGUUGACCGAGGUGCGUGCGGAGGCUGUGAUCAACGGAAACACAUAUACGACGAUCUGUUCAUUCGGCGGCGGUAACCGGUCUAACUAA